AAGAGUCACAUUCAUUAGUACAGUUUCCACAAUCUCCCUCGACUUUUUCCCCCCCUCCCCUGUUUUUCUCACUCUUCUCACUUUUCCUCUCAAACUUUUCUUAAUUAUCUUUAUCUUCUCCUAAUUUUAAAUAAACCUCCCAAAAACCCUAGUUUUUCCCUCCCAAUUCACAAAUUCAACCAUAAAAACCCAGAAAAAUCACAUUACAGACUCCUCUGUUCUUCAAUACCCAAAACAAAACAAAAAAUUUGUUUUUUUUUUUAGUUAAAUCGAUGAAAUAAUGAGUGACAAGAAAGAUGAGAGAGAAAAUUCCCCACGUAUUAUUCAGAAAGAUGAGAGAGAAUCAUCAUCAACAACACCACCAACCCAGAAAAUCAGGGGACCUCCUCCUCCUCCUCUGUUUCUUCCUCCAUCUUUUGAUUUCGAACCAGUCAAACGUCCAAGAUAUGCUCAUCAAUGGAAGCAACAAAGCCCAUUGGGCCUUCAAAACCCAGAAUCAAGCCCAUCCCCAUCAAACCCACAAGCCCAUUUAACCUCCCCUGAGUCAUCUUCCUCACCUUCACCCCCAGUUGGACAUGAUCUUGAUCCCAGCAAAAAUGAACAGAAAAAACAACAACAGUUUAGAAAAGGGAAGUAUGUGAGUCCAGUAUGGAAACCCCAUGAAAUGCUUUGGCUAGCUAAAGCCUGGAGAGGUCAAUACCAAGGUGGUGAUGACGGCGGCGGUGGCGGUAGCAGUGGUGGUGGGAGGGGGAAGACAAGGGCUGAGAAAGACAGAGAAGUGGCAGAAUUCUUAAACCAACAUGGAGUAAAUAGGGAUGCGAAAACUGCAGGGACAAAGUGGGACAACAUGUUGGGGGAAUUCAGGAAGGUUUAUGAAUGGGAAAGAGGAAGUGAAAGAGAACAACAAGUUGUUGGGAAAAGCUAUUUUAGACUUUCACCUUAUGAAAGGAAGAUUCAUAGAUUACCUGCUUCUUUUGAUGAACAAGUUUUUGAUGAAUUGUCUCAAUUUAUGGGGCCUAAAAUGAGACAUUCUUCUUCUUCUUCUUCUCUUCAUAUUAAUACUUCAUCUUCUUCCUCUGGUUUUGUUCAUCAUCAUCAACAACAUCAUCAUCUUCAAACAUCUUUGCCACCUCCUCAUCCUUUUGGUAGGGAUGAGAGUUAUCCACCCCCUAACAUGUUUUCUGAAAGAACGAGGCAAAUGCAAUCAUACUUGAUGAACAACCCAAGAACCAACCCAUUACUCGGGUCAUCAUUAGACCCGCAUCCAUCAUCAUCACCGUUAAACGUCGGAAUAUCUCCGACAUCCACCACAAGCGGCGGCUCACCAAGGGUGGAGCUCCGCCGUAUAGGGCGGAUGAGGAUGACAUGGGAAGAAUGGGUCACUCUAUGGGCGGAGGAAGGUGAGUAUCAUAAUAGAGGAAGAGUAAAAAUACAAGGAUCAUCAAAUUUGUUGAAUGCAGAUCAUGAACUCUUUUACUUUGAUGAUUCAAUGGUGGCUUCUUCUUUAGAAGCCUUUGAAGAUGGGCCCCUUAAAGGUUUCUCCGUCGACCGGUUCGUCCCCGGCCAGCAGCUCAAGGUGUUUGGGAGGAGGAAACAACCACUAUCGCCGCCGCCUUCCACCUCCUCCGCCGAUUUUAAUGAGAGAAUCCCCUUUGCAAUUGCUGCUGAACCCUCUUCAAGAUGGGAAUUCCAAGAUCCUACAGAGUACUACCUAGGAUGCCUAAGAUCACCACCAACAACACUACCAACCUUAUUCGAACUCUCAUGGUACAUACAAGAGCCACCACCGGAGGAAUUCCGCCUCCCCCUUCGAAAGGACAUAUACCGCGAUUUACCCCAUGGAAAGGACCUCUUCUUCACCACCACCACCACCACCACCACCUCGAACGAGCCGUCACUAGACUGUAAAUCCUUCACCAUCGACGUCCUCAGCUCUCUCAUCCGAUCAACCCCGAGCAUAACGGCCGCCACCUCGUCGAACCGGGACUCCUACAUUUCCCUUUGGGAUGAUUGCAUUAACCGAGUUAUAUCAAAGUUUUGCCCUUUUGAGAUGGUCUUUACAAGAAAGGAACUAAAAAAGAAACAAUCGUCUUCUUCUUUGGAAUGUUGUAGAGAUCAAUGGCCGAAUUUAACAGGAAUGGUGAAGAAUCUUUGUUUAUGGAGAGGUGAAGAGAUUGAUCAACUUAGAGAUUCACAACCUUUUAUUGAUCCUUCUUCAACAAUUACACAAAAAAUCACAUGGACUUAUAAUGAUCUUCCUUAUGUGUUAGGGUACUAUGCUAUUGGACAUAACAUCACAUUUUGUGCUUUAAGUCCAUCUUCUUCUUCACCAUCACAAAUAACUCGAACCAAUCUGUACUCACUAGACCUAACCAACCCUUCAGAGCGAGUCAAGUUGUUGGUCCCGUGUUGGAGGAUCGGGAUCUUAUUAGCCUCAUUAGCCGAGAAAUGUAUGAAUAAUCAUCGUCAUCGUGGAAGUUGCAGUGAUUACGAAAGAAUAGAUUUCGGUGAUGGUAACGUGGUCGAGAUGACGGCGUUUACCGUGACAAGAUACUACCCUUGUAAGAGGAGUUGGCAGUCGGCGAAGGAGAUCUACUCGGUGCUAGACCACCGAGUCGUCCCCCACGCCGAACACAUGGUCUCCUACGACGAGGACGAGCUAACACUAAUGUUCAAACCGAGAGGGGUCAAGACAAAGCCGAAGAACACGGAACAACUCGUGUUAGCCCUAAAACAAGUAGCAAAAGCAUUGGUUGCGUUACAUGAUUUAAGCUUCAUGCAUAGGAACUUAUCAUGGGAAAAUGUACUUAUGGUCUUAGACCCUGGUCAAAGUAAGAGCAUGAGCAAUGGUGAGUCUGAUCAGUCUGAGACUGAGUGUGAGUGGUUUGUGGCGGGGUUUGAGGAGGCGGUGGGGGCGCCGCAGAUAAACCCUUACAACAACCGUGUUACGGCGGAGAAGGUGGCGGUGGGGGUGGCGCCGGAGAUGGGGAGGGGGGUGCAUGGGGUGAAAGUGGAUGUGUGGGGAAUAGGGUGUUUGAUAAAGACAAGUGAAGUGAAAUCAGAAGGUUUAGUUGGAAAAAAGCUAAAAGAGUUAGAAGAAAAAUGCAUGGGAGAAAACCCAGAACAAAGACCAACAGCAGCUGACUGUUAUCAUCAUCUGUUGCAGAUUCAAUCGUCGCUUUCUUCCGCCGCCUCUACCGCGUGCUGUUAAGUGCUGCAAAAUUUACAGGUCUUUUUUUUUAAUUAAUCAAUUAAUUUUACUUUUUUAUUAUUAUUAUUAAAAAAAUAUUCACUAUAUUUGGGGGGGUGAAAAAAUGAAAACGGUACUGUGGGAAUGUGGGAUUUGUCAGGGGGGGUUUGUUUGAAAGAGGAAAAAUGCCCAUGAAAUUGACUGUUCAUUGGGUUAGGGUUUUAUAUUUUUGGGGGUUUUCUUGAGAAGUUAUUGGAAUACCCUCUUUCCCAAAAAAAGAAAAGAAAAAAUUAUAUUGGAAGGUGACUAAUUAAUUAAUUGGAUGAUUAUUACUAUACAAGUUCUUCUAAAAGUUCGUUUAAUCUUU